AGAUAUAUACAGCGGUCGCACCGCAGUCUCAUCAGCGCCGCUCACGUAGGAAAAGGCGCGACAUCUCGACAAGGUGCGCCGUUGUGUGAGAUCGUAUCGAGCGCACUCACGUCGCUCUCUUUCUUUCUUUCUUUUUUAAUUCUGUGUCAUAUCAGGGGCUGUGUUUAUUCGGUGCUAGCAGCUUCGUAUUCUCUAUUUGCUUUGCUUUUGGGGGAGUCACCGAGUGAGCUCUUUAUGUAUAUACGUGCAACCCGCUCAACACGUGUUGUGCGUGCCGUAGCUCUUGUCUUUUAUAUGUGGUCUCUUUUGGCACUGAACCGCGCACGCGUCAUUUCCUCCGCCGGAAUAGACCACACUGAUGGCCGAGGUGCCAGAACGGUGUGUGCGUCUUCUUUUCUGCUGCUCUGUUGUACCCAAAUAAUGUUCGUACUGCUCGGUAAUACCUGACCCGUCGCACUCCAUCGAUCUCUUUCUCUAUAUACUUUUUUUCUCUCUUUCUUCUUUUUCUUACUGCAGAUGAGAGAUCCGUAUUCGCAUGGUCCUGUAUUUCCUAGCGGGUGCGCGCGAAGUGGUUCGACUCCGCUGAUCGAUUCACAAAUUGUCGCUGCUGCGCCACCUAGUCUUCAUGCGAGUUCACAUACGCAGACACCCAACGAGGGAGGCGCCGUUCCGGUCCGCGUUCCUUCACCCCUCCACGCAGCGUCUUCUUCAGAUGUGAAGGCGAGCUCUACCGGCGUCGAUUGGAAGAGGCGAUGGCGGUGGAAAUUGUACUGGCUGAGUCCAACGACCGAGAUGGACAUCGGCGCGGCCGACUACGUCACGGCCUAUCCCCGCCUUCUUUCAGUGGAGUACCUCCUCUCUGUCCUGAUCGCGGUCUCUGUCUGCAUGUACGGUUUCUUUAUUCUGCGCGCCUUCUGCGACCGCGAAGCGUAUCACUACGUCACUUUCUUGCUGUAUGCGUUCAAGGGUCUAGCGUGGCUCGGCUCGCCUGGCUACGAUGACAAAGCGGACAAGCAGUGGACCGGCUUCAUCAUUCAGUAUCCGAAGCUUGUUGGUGUGGCACUGUUGCUUGGUGCGGGAAGCUUUUUUCUUCGCUACGCGGUGUCGCCAUCAGGCUCGUCUUCCUCCAUAGCGGCUGGGUCGGGUGUUCCUGUGUUGUCGAAUGCUCUUCAUCCGCUACGGGACGCCGCAGACGUCGAUGAGACAGAUACGGAGUGGCGUCCAGGCAGUGGUAUCGGUACGGUUCGACAGCGAGUCAGCCGACUUUUUCGGUCGUGUAAGGCUCCCGUUCACUUCCGCGGCGUCCGAACGAAGGGGGCGUUCUUGCUGCCUCUCUUUUAUGCAGCGGUCGGUGUUGUCUUUGUGGCCGUCGUGCACGGCCCGCACUUCUUUCUGCCGCUUCUGCUCACCCUCGCCAACUACGUCGUCUUCUCCCGGCUGCAGCGCUGGUGCCCCUACCGGGUCUUCAUGGCUGUCAUGUGGGCUACGCACAUCGGCCUCCUCUACAUCAUCGAGCUGUACGCCGGCUUCGAGGACACGUACUGGUUGCAGUACUACUUUCCCACCAGUUUUGGAAGCACUCGCAGCGCCCUCGGACCCAACUUCGCUCGUCCUGGGUUAUGGCGUCAACGCAUGCGCUGGUACGUCGCCUUCCGCAUGACCACGCUGCGCCUCAUCGCCUUCAACUACGACCUGUGGGAGGCCACGCACAAUGCGGCGCACGCGAGGGAGCGGGCGACCAGCAAGCACGACACCGCCUGCGUCGAGUGCGCGCAGCUGCGCGAGCAGAACAACGGCCGCGUUGCCGCAGGAGCAGCAUCAGCAGGAGCAGGCGCAGGCGCAGGCGCAGGAGCAGGAGCGGCAUCGCUGCCCGCGGAGGCGUCGCGCUGCUACAAGUACCGCACCGAGUACGCGCGCGACCCCGGCGACUACAACUUCGUCAACUACCUCGCCUACGUCGUGUUCCCCCCGCUGUACCUCGCCGGCCCCAUGUCGUCCUUCAAUGCCUUCGUGUCCUACAUGCGUGUGCCGAGUACGAGCAUGCCUCCCUAUGCGAUGGCCAUGUAUCUCCUGCGUAUCCUCCGCAUCUAUGUGGUGCUCAUGGUGUUGCUGCACUUUGUUUUCGUUUCGGCUCUCUCUGCCUACACUUUCCUCACUCUGAAGAUGAGCAGCGUUGAGCAGGCGCACUUUUUCUUUUAUUCGCUGGCGUACAUCUGGCUGAAGUUCAGCUUUAUCUGGAAGUCGUCGCGCCUCUUCGCGAUGUUCAGCGGCAUCGAGGUGCCGGAAGAUGUACGGCGCUGCUUCUGCAAUACCUUGACCAUCCGCGACUUCUGGCGCGACUGGCACGCCUCCUUCAACCUGUGGAUCGUGCGCUACAUGUACAUCCCGAUGGGCGGCCGCCCACGCGCCGCGCUGUCCGUCCUGCCCAUCUUCCUCUUCAUCGCGCUGUGGCACGACCCGGCGCUGCACCUGCUGAAGUGGGCGCUGUGCAUCGCGGUGAUGUUCGUGGUGGAGCUGGCGGUGAGCGCGUGCUUCGGCUGGGUGGCCGGCUUGUUCCGCCGCGAGAUGGCGGCGACGGCGGCGGCGGCGGACGGUGAUGACGACGGCGCUGUGGAGGGCAGAGAGGUGGUGGACGAGGAGAGAGUGGAGAGGGCCAGCCGUCCCCCGCAGCCCAGCAGCCAGCGCCGCGGUGGUGCGGGUGAGGCCGUCGCGGUGCCGCUGCUGCGGCCUGCUGCGCGCUUCGCCGCACGUCACAUGAGUCCGCGCGCGCGUGCGUGGUGCUACCGCAUGCUGCGCGUGCUUGCCGGCAUGUCCAGCGUCUUCGGCCUCAUCGUGGCGAACCUCAUUGGCUUUUCGAUGCAGAAUUCAGCGGCGACGUUCAAAAAGGCGGGGUCGACAAGUGUUGAGACGGAAGCGGAUCGCGUCAUCGCACGCGCGUUGGAAAGCUACAGUGCAGGGUUUUGGUUGGGUGUGGCAUUGUUCAUGUAUUGUGGCGCUUCGCUUGGGGUGAUUGAUCGGGAUCUGAUCGAGCAUCAGACCCGUUGGCUGAAGAGCAAAUAUGGUUUGAAGGUUUCGUAA